AUGGGAACUGCUAAAGCCAUAGCAAAAUGGACUAAGCAGUAUACAGAUGAGGCUUAUGAAAGGCUGAAAAGAAGGAAAAUAACAUAUCCUAAUGUACCAAAGAAGCCUGAACACAAAGAGCCAAAACAGAUCAUUGAUCCUAAACCACUGUUCACAUCAGCAGAUACCAUCAAGAAAAUGGAUCUAAAUGAAGAUAGCUCAGUGAAAAUAGAAAAGGAAGAAGAAGAAAAAGAAAAGGUAUUGACCAAACCCACAUCACCAAACACUUCAGCAGAUAUGACAGACAUUAAGCUUGAACAAAGAAAAAGGCAAGAGCUGAUUGAACAAGAAGCUGCAGAAGACAUAGCUGCAGCAAAUGAAAUCAUAAAAAAGGCCUUCAAUCAAAUGUCAGCUGAAAACUCAGAAGUAGAAAAAGGUCAGAGUACUGAUCAUGCUGAAAACUUUGAACUAUCAAAAGCUCCGAGUGCUGAUCAUGUUGAAAACUCUGAACCAGCAAAAGUACUGAGUACUGAUCAACAACCUAUCACAAGGCCACAAUCCCCUGACUCAUCAGUGAAUAAACCUCUCUCAAGAAACCCAUUGGGUUCAAAAGAUUAUGAUGAUGCUCCUGUUGACUUCUAUGCCGUAUAG